AUGACUGAUUCCUUUCCAACAGCGUUGACGGGGCCGACCUCCAAAGAACGCAAGUACGAUCGCCAGCUGCGACUGUGGGCUGCCACAGGCCAGCAAGCCUUGGAAGAUUCCCGCGUGUUGUUGGUCAACUCCGACGGCCCGCUCGGCGCUGGCAGUACAGGAGUCUCUGGCGUUGUUGGCGUCGAGGCCCUCAAGAACCUGGUCUUGCCAGGUAUCGGAGGCUUCACGAUUGUCGAUCCGGCGACUGUCACCGAAUCUGACCUAGGAGUAAAUUUCUUCCUGGAAGAGGUGUCACUUGGCAAGUCGCGUGCGGAAGAAACAUGCCGACUGCUGCGGGAGUUAAAUCCUGACGUUCAAGGGUACUUUUAUUCAAAGCAUAUCACCGAGCUUCUCCACGACCCAGACUUCUUGCCCCGGCAUAAGCUGGUGAUCAUCACGGGUCCGACUAAGCGUUCCUCGCUGGGCCCUCUCACCCAGCAAGCGCAGAAACUUGGCAUUCCCGUGCUAUAUGUCCAUUCAGUUGGAUUCUAUUCAACUUUCUCGCUGCAACUGGAUGCAGAGUUUCCAAUUGUCGAGACCCACCCCGAUCCAGAGACGACCCAGGACCUGCGCCUUCUGAAUCCAUGGGCAGAACUUGCCGCCGCCGCCUCGGUCCUGGAAGACUUGGCUGCUAUGGACGACCAUAAACAUGGCCACGUCCCAUACAUCUUACUUCUCCUCCACUUCCUCGAGCAAUGGAAACAAUCUCACGGGGGCAAUGCGCCAGUCAGCUACAAAGAGAAAACUGAAUUCCGUGAGUUUGUCCGCUCAAACGCACGCAUCGACAAUCCAGAAGGUGGCGAGGAGAACUUUGACGAGGCAGUGGCAGCCGUUCUAAAGACCAUCUCACCAUUCACCCUACGCAGUUCCACCCGCGAGAUCUUCGAGAUGGAGCAGUGCAAGCAGCUGACGCCCCAGUCAGCUGACUUCUGGGUAAUCGCAUCCGCAAUCAGCACCUUCUAUAGUACACACGGCGUGCUUCCCUUGCCAGGUUCCCUGCCCGACAUGAAAGCCCAGUCAGCCGACUACGUCGCGCUGCAGAAUAUCUACAAGAACAAGGCCCGUCGCGAUGUGGAAGAAGUCACCGCCACGAUACGCCAACUUGAGUCUCAACUGGGCCGAUCGGCCCCGCAAAUUCUCAACCGUGAGAUCGAGGUCUUCUGCAAGAACGCCGCUCAUAUCAAGGUUGUCCAUGGUCGUGCAGUCCCGCAGAUUAGCAGUGACAGCGAUUCGAUGACGCUCAAGGCUAUCCGCAGCCAGCUUAGCAUACCCGAUUCCCUGAUCUCGGUGUUCAUCGCAACACAUGUGCUUGAUGCAGUUGUAGAUGAGAUUCAAAAUAGUGGUCAGGAGGGAGCUCAGCUGUCGGUUGACAAUGAGGGUCUCUGGACUAGCCACACCGAACGCAUUCUCGCUCUGCUAAGCCGUGAUCAGCCCGUUCCUCUUGGGGAGGACGUCCGCGAGGGCAUCAAGAAGGCUAUCCAGGAACUUCGUCGCGCCGAGGGCGGCGAGCUGCACAACAUUUCGUCUCUGACUGGAGGUCUAGUAGCGCAGGAGGCGCUCAAAGUGCUCACUAGACAGUACGUGCCUCUUGAUAACACCUGCGUGUUUGAUGGGGCGCGCAGUCAGAGCGAGAUGUAUAGACUUUGA